UCAUUAAUUAAUUGCCGACGUGGCACUCUUUACUUCUUUUCUCCCGUCCCUUCCAAGGAAACGAAGAAGAAACGAGAGAAAAGAAAGAACAGAUGAGACUCAUUCUUUUUUUAUUUCUCUCUCUCACGAGAACUCGAAGCUUCCUGCCAGUUGACUGCCGGCCUCUAAUCAAAUUCUCCUCUUUCAAACUUUUUCUUUUUCUAAAACAAAUAGUGUAUUAAAAAGAAAAUCAAACGUAUAAAUUAAUCCAUGAACCAACUCUCUUUUUUCAUUUUUUUUGGUAUCUAUUUGUUGCUCAGUCGAAAUCUACGAAACAUCUUUCCCUUCAAUUUCUUUGCUUCAAAACCAUCUCUUCCGAUCCGAUCAUCCAUAUUUUAUCGAAACGACGGCGUGGCGGAAGGAGGAAUGGGAGAGAUGGACGUUGAAGGAGGAAUCGCGAUGAAGUUAUGGAGCAAAUUUAGGAGCGAAUCGGUUUUUGUUAAUUACACUCCUUUCUUCGUUUGCUUGGCCGCCGGAAACCUAAACGGCGACGUUUUUCUGCAGUAUAUCUCUCAACAUGUUCAUUUACUUAAUGCCUUUGCUCACGCGUAUGAAUUAGCGGAGGAGUGUGCAGAUGUUGAGGAAGACAAGAAGGCAAUACGAAAGUUAAGGAAUUAUGUUCAGAACAAGCUUAAAUCACACGACUCUCUUGUCCGAGAAUGGGGCUUUGAACUCCCAGAACAGAGCACCUUGACAAAUGGUACAGUCAAGUAUAUGGAAUUUUUGUUGGCAACAGCCUCAGGUAGAAUUGAUGGCGCAAGAGUUCCCAGCAAACUUGCAACCCCUUUUGAGAAGACAAAAGUUGCUGCUUAUACACUUGGCGCCAUUGCCCCUUGCAUGAGGCUCUUUGCCUUUAUAAAUAAAGCAAUCCAAGCUCUUCUAGAUCCUAAUGAUAGCAGUCACAUUUACAAGAAGUGGAUUGAUCAUUAUUGCUCUCAAAAUUUUGAGGCUUAUGCUUUUCAAAUUGAAGAGUUGCUGGAUACGCUAAGCGUAUCUUUGACAGGUGAAGAGCUGGAUGUCAUAGAAAAGGUCUACUAUCAAUCUAUGAGACUGGAACUAGACUUCUUCUCUUCUCAACCGAUUAUGCAGGAAGCAGUGGUCCCUUUGUCUCAGAUGCUAGACCCUGCUGUGGGUGGCCAACUGACCAUAUUUUGUGACUUUGACUUGACAUGCACUGCUUUUGAUUCCUCUGCUAUUUUAGCCGAGAUUGCAAUCAUAACAAUGCAGAAGGCAGACCUUGACGGACCUGAAACCCAAUUUGCUUGGAUGUCAUCAGCUGACUUGAGGAGCACAUGGGAUGCUCUUUCUACCCAGUAUACUGAAGAAUUUGUACGGUGUGUAGACAGCAUCAUUCCAACUGAGACAGUGAAAAGUUUCAGUUAUGAAAGUCUCUAUGAAGCCCUAGAGCAAUUUGCAAAUUUUGAGAAGAAGGCAAAUUCAAGAGUGGUUCAGUCAGGUGUACUUAAGGGUUUAAAUCAAGAGGAUAUAAAAAAGGCAGGCCAAGGUCUGAUCCUUCCAGAUGGUUGUAAAGGUUUUUUUCAGAAAGUAAUGAAAAAUGAAAAUCUCGCCACUGCUGUACAUAUACUUUCUUAUUGUUGGUGUGGGGAUCUCAUUCGUUCUGCUUUUUUGUCAGGAGAUCUAAAAGCUUUGAAUGUGCACUCCAAUGAGUUAGCUUGUGAAGAGUCUAUCACCACGGGAGAGAUCAUUAAGAAGUUUGAGUCUCCCAUGGAAAAGCUUCAAGCAUUCAAUAACAUAUUAAACGACAAAGGCAAAGAUUGCCAGCACCUGACAGUUUAUAUUGGCGGUUCAGUUGGUGACUUACUCUGCCUGCUUGAAGCAGACAUAGGUAUUGUGAUGGGAUCAAGUCCCACCCUAAGAAGAUUGGGAGAACAGUUUGGCGUUUCUUUUAUGCCAUUAUUCUCUGGUUUGGUAAUGAAACAGAGGGAAGUGGUUGAAGUUGGGUCUUCUAAGUGGAAAAAGCUUUCUGGCACUUUAUAUACUGUUUCUAGCUGGGAUGAGAUACAUGCAUUCAUUCUGGGUUCAUGAUCACGAAACCCUCUCUCUGCUUCUGCUGGUGAUUAAGGGAAGCAAUUUACUAGGAUAUAUAGAAUCUCAAAUGUGGCUAAUUUUUCUCAAGGGCCACAGGUCAGCCUUGAUUCUUUUUUUCUUUCUUUAGGGACUGCCAUGCAGAAAUAUAAUAUCAGGGCCUGCUAUCACAGGUACAAUUGUGUAGUUACUGAAACAAGUGGGGUAUCAAGUGUUUUCGCCCCUAGCUCCACUUUUAGUUUUUCCUUGGGAUUGCAUUUAAGCAAAAAUAGUUUCAAAUUUGUUGUAAUAUCAACAUAAAUUUCCUUAAAACAGUCAACGGGAAUGAAUGAUUUUAUUAUGCUAU